CAGCCUUUGCACCAAAGGGCUCGACGCCAGCAGCAGUGCCCCCGGGAUGGGGUCAGGGACGUGGGGGGGCUGCAGUUAAUGAGUGACGGCCCCUGCCUCCUGCAAACUCACCCCGCACUGCCCCACCACAUCCAGCCAAGAGCUCCCGGGUGUCACCACCACCACCAUGGAGCUGCGCGCUGCCGUCCUGGCACUGGCAGUGCUCGGCCUGGCAGGUUCCCAGGCCGCUCCGGCAGGCAAGGGGGCUGCCCCGCGGCUGCGGCAGCUGGAAGAAGCCAUCAACAACAUCAUCAAGGAGGUCAUGCAGGUGACCCAUGACACUGCGGAGUGGCUCAAGGUGUCGGAGCUGGUCCAGGAGCUGGAAUUGCAGACCAGGGACCUCUAUGACCAGCUGGAGCUGGGGAUGUCCCCUGAGCUGAGGGAGGCCAUCCACAGCACCAUGAGGCUCGUGGAGCUGCCGCUGUGGGCGAUGGAGCCCUACCUGGACACAGCCAUGAAGCAGACGGCGCAGGCAUUGGAGCAUGUGGAGGCGUUGGGGCUGGACCUGCCCGGGGCGCUGCAGGCCGUCACCAAGUGGGCGCUGGAGCUGAAGGAGCAGCUGGUGGGGCUCCCACCCAUCUCCCCCUAGCCUGGUGCAGCCCCCGUCUGAUGCCAAUAAAGUGGCUGUGGAGACGAA